CUUACACAAUUGUUGGACUCCUUCCCUGUUGCCGUCCCUGCAUUCAGCCUUUGACAUCUCGUACCUACCAUUCUCACUCUUUGCUUGUUGACUCGCUCUAUUCUCUAGCAUGUUUUGCGUUUCUCCGUCCAUCAUUAGCUAUUCCUCGUCGCUCGUUGUAUAAUAUUGCAUUCCACGAUAUCGAUUUGAACGAGUACUCCUUGAGCGAUUCCGUCCUUGACCCUGUCCACUUUCGGCACGACCAGACCACAAUAUCACGACAAAAGGGAUAUAGAUGACUUGAAGAGGAGGACUGGCAGUGCAUGAGGCAUAUAUCACAAACAGUGCAGAGUCUCUUCACACAAUCUAUAUUACAAGGCCCUGUCGACAAGUUCGCUCGACAAGGGCCCGGAAUCACCCUCGACAUGGCCAACCGAUAUUCCACCUACUCAAACAAAACCUCUCAGGUCGGGGCUGCACGUUCAGCGGCGCAACAGUCAACUCAAGUUUCGACGACCACUCUUCUGAAUGCUCUCCACACGAUAUACGCUUCAGGUCAGACGUACGAACUUGACUCAAGUACCAGUAUAUCAGUCAACACAUGGCUAUCCGCAGUAAAUCCAGAUGCGCAAGGACGGACUGGUGGCACUGUGGACACCGACCUUGCCUCAAGAGCCUGGGAGCACGCGAGGAGAAGAGCUGAGGAUGCUUGCGUUGUACUUGGAUCGCUCCACCCAUCAACGCCGUCAUUACUUCAGCCAUUCUUACAAGUCAUUCCUGUGCCCACUCCGACUCUUGCCUUUACCGCAUUGUCAGCCUUGCGGCCCUUUCUCUCAUGCGUCACGCCGGCCAAUCCCACGACCUAUCGACACUCAUCCCUUUCGGCCAAAUACACCAUCACUCUCAAUGGCACAAUUACUGGUUUCAACCUGGCCCUAUCAGGAUCUGGAAUCGAUGUUCAGAAAGGCUUGUUGAAAGUACCUUCCGAGCCUGGCUACCGAGCUUUCGAUGUCUUCUACUAUCUCUUAACCUCUGCCUCAACGCCGGCCGAGCGUGAGUUUCUGGAUUUGAAGCCUGCCUCGAGAUAUACGCUUUUGAACGGAUCUGGGACGUACGGGCCUCCAUCUUACCUACCAACUGCCGACGACGUGGCAGCAGCAGAAGAUUUCCGGUCAGCCUUGAAAUCGAUCGGCAUCAAGGGUGCCUCGUUUCGAGGUCUUCUAUCAUGCCUUGCUGGAUUACUCAAGCUCGGUGAAACGACCGGUUUAUUGGUCGACUCCGACACUCUUGAAGACAUCUGCGAAGAUAUAGGAGCACUGAUUGGCUUGGAACCCGACGUGCUAGUCAACAAAUGCAACUCCGACGACCGUGAAGUCUUGAUUGCUGGAAUGUACGAAGCACUUGUUGAUUGGGUCAUUUCAAAGGCAAAUGAUGCUAUCGCCGCAGAACUACGGGCGGGAGCCCUCACACCCGACUCCAGCAAUGGGGACGAGGUCAGCGUUACGAUCGUUGAGAUUCCUGGUCAGGCUCUUGGUAAAGCUGUGGCACUGCGAAACGUCUUUGACGAUACUUUCGGCAUCAAUGCUGAAAUGAAAGAAGACGGCCUCGAGGUGGCAGCGGCGGGUUCCUCGGUCCUAAAGGAAAUGCAUUUGGCUGUGUCUCAUGCCGAGGCAGACUUGGGCAUUGCUGGCGGGCCACUCAGUCGCGAAAGAGAGCAUGAUCGAGACCGACGAGAAAGUAUUCUCCAAAAGAUCGGCGCAGAAGCUGAAAGUGGCGGGUUUCUGCAUACUCUGCUGUAUCCCGUCAAUGGAGAUGCGCUAAACUUUGGAAAACGCGGCCGGUUUGAUCUGGGAAUGACUCUUGCCAGCAGCAGAGCCUGGUAUCAGCUUUCACUUCACCCUACCGAUGACUCACCUAGUACUCUGGCUGGCCUAGCCUCCCCAACUUCUGCAUGGUCUGCGGGGGCCGUGUCCCGGCAAUUGCGGGCUUGGAGACUGCCAGAAUGGGCUAACCAUCGCAACAGACAUCUCGAUUUCACAGCAGAUUUCGACGUGGAGGAAUUUGUUACGAGGUAUUCGAGGCUCGGUUGCAAAGAUGGCGAAGAUGGAAUAGAGUCGUUUCUGCUCGAACGUGGCUGGACCAAUAGAGAAGUCGUGAUUGGCCGCGAGCGCGUCUGGAUGCGAGAGUCAGCUUGGUGGGAAGCUGAGACCAUACUGGAUCAGAAACCCAUGCCACCGUCCUAUUCCGAUGAGCCUGCAAUCGGCCAACCUACCAACCCCUUCUUAUCGAGCUAUUCAGGCAACGCCCCUGACAAUGCCAGUGGUUUCUUUCCUCCAAUGGGCGAUGCUAUGAGCGUUCUGGACAGUAAGGACAAUCUCCUUGCACCAGGAGCCCCAGACCGAGCCAGAUCAUUUGCCCCAACCAUGGCACGGACAGUCCAAACCAUAGGUGGUGAUUAUGGCCUUGGGCCAAAAGGUGACCCUAAUAAAGACCAAUACUACGACUCAGAUCUGGGUCGCUUUACUGGCGAGCUGGACCCAGAGUUUGGCGAUCCUCGGAACAUCGAAUCCAAAAAGACCUCUAGGGGCAGACAAGCCUGGGCCUCUCUCGUCUGGGCCUUGACAUGGUUCGUCCCGUCUGUUUUUUUGAGGUACAUUGGGCGAAUGAAGCGUCCAGAUGUCCGCAUGGCUUGGCGAGAAAAGAUAGUGUUGGUCAUGUUGAUCACACUAUUGAACGCUUUUAUCGUCUUUUAUAUCAUCGAGUUUGGUCGAUUACUUUGCCCAAAUUAUGACAAAGCUUGGAACACCAAAGAGGUCAGUGAGCAUCAAGGCACCAAUGACUAUUACGUUAGUAUUGCAGGCGGCGUCUACGACAUGACCAAGUUCUACAAAACGCAACAUAGCGACACCAGCACUCAAACCGACUCCACCAACAUGCUGCCGUUCGCUGGGCUGAAUCUUGACGCAUACUUCCCUGUGCCCCUCAGUGUAGCUUGUCCGGGACUCAAUGUCAACACCACUGUGGAGCUGCAGAACAACAAUACGGAUGCUGUCGUUUAUUCUGAUGCUGUGCAUUAUUCUGGCCCACAAUUUCAGACUGAUUCGAGUUCGGCACUUUACAGCAUCAAUUGGUAUCAUGAUACGUUCCGGCCCAAAAUCAAAGAGUACUACAAGGGUGAUCUGGUAGUGACGAGGGAUAACGUUCAAAGUCAGGCCAAUGACGACGACCGAAUCUGGGUAAUCAUCGACAAGAAAAUCUACGAUCUCACAAACUACUUUUACACUUUGACACUUAUGAACGACUAUCCGACGUAUAAAUUCUUCCCUGACGAAGUCAGCGACCUCAUCUCCGGGAAUCCAGGUUCUGACAUCACGAAGAAGUGGGGAACGACUGCAGCAUACCAGAACAGUCUCAACUGCAUGAACGAUGCUUUCUAUGUCGGUAAGGUGGAUUUCCGAGAUACGGUGAAAUGCCAGGUCAACAACUACAUUCUGCUAGCUUUCACUAUCAUCAUUUGUGCAGUUAUUCUUGUCAAGUUUUUGGCUGCUCUACAGCUGGGAUCGAAACGCCGACCAGCGCCUCAGGACAGGUUUGUGAUCUGCCAGGUGCCUGCAUACACAGAAGGUGAAGAUCAUCUUCGGAAAUCCCUCGACUCGUUGACUGCUCUCCAAUACGACAACAAGAGAAAACUGAUCUGCGUAAUUUGCGAUGGCAUGAUUGUGGGCGGCGGCAAUGACAGGCCAACCCCCAAAAUCGUCCUCGACAUUCUCGGUGUUGAUCCAAAAAUCGACCCACCUGCACUCCCUUUCAGAUCUGUCGGCAAUGGGAGUGAACAAUUGAAUUAUGGCAAAGUCUAUUCUGGACUGUACGAGUGUGAAGGCAACGUGGUGCCAUAUAUUGUGGUAGUCAAAGUGGGAAAGGAAUCUGAACAGUCAAAGUCGAAACCUGGCAACCGUGGCAAGCGAGAUUCUCAGAUUCUCCUUAUGCAGUUCUUGAACCGAGUUCACCACAGAUCACCGAUGUCACCCCUCGAGCUGGAAAUGUUCCACCAGAUCAACAACAUCAUUGGUGUGGACCCAGAGCUGUACGAAUACCUACUUAUGGUUGACGCUGACACUAUGGUCAAAGAGGAAGCCCUAAAUCGCUUGGUCGCUGCUUGUGCCAACGACGCUAAAAUUGCAGGCAUUUGCGGUGAAACGAGUCUGGAGAACGAAGACCGAAGCUGGUGGACUAUGAUCCAAGUCUAUGAGUAUUAUAUCUCGCAUCACCUGGCAAAAUCGUUCGAAUCACUCUUUGGCAGCGUCACUUGUCUGCCCGGAUGCUUCUCCAUGUAUCGUCUUCGAACGGCUGACAAAGGGCGGCCAUUGAUAAUCUCGGAUAAAGUGAUCAACGAGUACUCCGAUUGUGAUGUCGACACUCUUCACAAGAAGAAUCUGUUAUCGCUCGGUGAAGAUCGUUAUCUUACGACUCUCAUGACGAAGCAUUUCCCUGCGAUGUCAUACAAAUUCCUUCCGGACGCUUACGCCCUGACGGCCGCCCCGGAGACAUGGUCUGUGUUGCUCUCACAAAGGCGAAGAUGGAUCAACUCGACAAUCCACAAUCUCGCAGAGCUCGUGUGGUUAGACGAUCUUUGCGGGUUCUGCUGCUUCUCGAUGAGGUUCGUUGUCUUCAUCGACUUGUUCGGCACACUCAUUCUUCCGGCGACUUGCGUCUAUCUUGGCUACCUCAUCUAUCGAGUGGCUUCCCACACUGGUCAAUUCCCGCUGAUCUCGAUUGUCUUGCUGGCGGCCGUCUAUGGUCUACAGGCGAUCAUCUUCAUUGUCAAGAGACAGUGGCAACACGUGGGCUGGAUGAUUAUCUACAUUAUCGCAUUCCCGAUAUACAGUUUUGUUCUCCCGAUUUACUCCUUCUGGAAUCAGGACAAUUUCUCAUGGGGUAACACAAGAAUCGUGAUUGGCGAAAAAGGUGAUGAAAAGGUCGUGGCGAUUCAAGACGAGGGUUUCGAUCCAAGAUCGAUUCCGCUACAGAGAUGGGACGACUAUGCAGCGUUCAACAAUCUUCCUGGAAGACGUGGAAACCCUGGCAGCUACCAGGAGAAGGAGUUCGAGGCCGGCUACACUGACGACCCACGCAUGAUGGAGAUGGACGAUAUUCAUUCGACGUAUUCGUCCGUGAAACCAGCCAGCACGAUUCUGACCGGGUUUCCUCACAUGCAGCAGAAUCCUUUCAUGGCGCCGCCACGCUCACCCGCCCCAAUGGGCAUGAAUCAUCGCGCUAGCACCAUGACUGGACUGACCCAAUUCAAGGAUCAACCGGUCAGUGUGCACGGUCGGAACAUGAGCAUGAUGAGUCUGGGGAGUGCAGCGCGUCUCAAGUCCCCGUCGCCGAACCACUAUUACCAGGACAAUCAGCGCAGUCCGUACCAGAGCGGAUAUCCCGGCAUGCAGCAAUCAAUGAGUCGACCGAGUCUGCUCGGUAUGGCCAGUAGCCGACCCGCUUCUACUGUCAUGGACUUCCGCACUGUCCCGUCCGCAGGGCCUGGUGACCAGGAGAUCGUGGAGUCGAUCCGCGCGGUGCUAAGCGAAGUGGAUUUGGAGACCGUUACGAAGAAGCAGGUGAGGGCUCUCGUCGAGCAGAGACUCCAAUGCGAGGUGCCUGUUGGGGAGAGACGGCAGUUUUUGGAUAGGGCGAUUGACAAUGAGUUGGCCAACAUGUAGUGUAUGAACUGGGAUAUUGUCGACAGAAAAGCAUUGCGGGAGGCGUUAUUCAUAUUGAUCUCCGGAGCGUGGGCAUAUAUUGGAUCAAAUAGCAGCGGCACUGGGUUGGGACAUGGUGGUGGCGGAUGCAUUAGACCUCCAAUAUAGGUGUUUCUGAGCGGUUCGCAUCUUGAGGAGAUACUAGGACGAUCUAUCGAGCGAAUGGAUAUAAGUCAUCUACUGUAUGAAUCGAUUGUCGGCCAA